AGCACGUUGUCAUUCGCCUGUAUGUCCAUAAUCACAGAAUGCCGAAUUACCAUUUAUACAAAUAAGGCAGCUGGGAUUGGAUGCGGUGGGAAGUGAGUAAUAAUAGCUCACUACUCCUUUUUAAGACUUCUAACACCCUUUUGUGUAAUAUGUGCUGCCCCCAAAGCGCUUUGAUGACGGGAGGGUAGCCGGGGUAGCGAUCCGAUAGCCGAAAGAGCGAAGCCGGGAGCAGAUCGGGGGGUCUGCGGAUCUCGGCCAUUCAUAGAGAUGAGGGCGGGGUCUGGCCUCUCCGUCGCUUUGUGCGGCUGCUGAUGCUGAGCGGCGGUGGGGAGAGGAGAGGAGAAAAGCCGAGCUAUGGAAACACAUCCCGGAGGCCUUCGUACAUCGCGGAGAUUAAUCGCACGGUCUUCUGACUCUUAGGACAAUGAGGAAGAAGAGGGACUGGAAGCAUUGGAGGACCUUAGUUCACUUCUCCGAGGCGAUGGACAUUUCUGAAUUAAAGCAUUUUAAGAGCUUCAGCAUUUGAUCCCAUGGCGAAAAAAGGACGCUCUAAGGGCGAGAAGCCCGAAGCCCUAAUAUCCGCCUUACAGGCGGCCAACGAAGACCUCAGGUCGAAGCUGACGGAUAUCCAGAUAGAGCUGCACCAGGAGAAAUGCAAGGUGAACAAGCUCGAGCGGGAGAAGGUGCAGGAGGCGAAGCGCAUCCGCGAGCAGGAGCAGCACCGGCACACGGCGGCGCUGACGGAGCAGCGCGCCCGCUGGCACGAGGAGAAGCAGAAGGAGCUGCAGGCGCUGCGCGAGUCGCUGGCGCGGCAGCACGAGCAGGAGCUGGCGCGCGUCACCAAGAUCCGCGACGGCGAGACGCAGCGCCUCAAGGCGGCACUGGGGGCGCUGCGCGAGGGCAGCGGCGAGAAGGUGCGCACGGCGCUGGCGCUGGAGGCCCGCGAGGAGGCGCGCCGCUUCUUCGACCAGGAACGCGUCAAGCUGCUGCAGGAGAUCACCGAGCUGAAGUCGUCUAAGAAGCAGACGGACGAGGCACUCAGCACCAUGAUCCAGGCCGACAAGAUCAAGGCCGGGGACCUGCGCUCAGAGCACCAGAUGCACCAGGAGCAAAUCUCUAAGAUCAAGUGGGACUGCGAGCGGGACAUCCGGAGGCUGGUGGACGAGAUCAAGGCCAAGGAUAGGACCAUCUUCUCCUUGGAGAAGGAGCUGGAGUCGGCGACGGGCUUCCUGCAGAAGCUGCAGCUACAGAAGGACGCGCUGGACGAGCAGCUCUUCCUGGUGAAGGAGGCGGAGUGCAACCUGGGCAGCCCGAAGAGGGAGGUGCCGGGGCGCGCCGGAGCGGACGGCUCGGAGCACUGUGGCAGCCCGGACAUGCGCAGGAACCAGAGGCGCAUGGCGGAGCUCAACUCCAACAUCCGCAAGCUGGAGGACCGCAACACGCUUCUGGGGGAGGAGCGGAACGAGCUGCUCAAGCGUGUGCGGGAGUCUGAGAAGCAGUGCAAGCCCAUGCUGGAGAAGAACAAGCUCCUCAACAAGAGGAACGAGGAGCUGACGCAGUCCAUUCAGCGCCAGGAGGAGAAGAUCAAGGCGCUUUUGAAGGAGAACACUGAGAUGAAGGAGAAGAUAGGUUCCCAUCCACCGCUGAAGAAGCUCCGGUCUCUGAAUGAUCUGGACCAGGCCCAGGACGACCAGGAGAUAGAAUUCCUGAAGCUGCAAGUUCUCGAGCAGCAGAACAUGAUCGACGACUUGACGAGAGAUCGGGAAAAACUAUUGCGUAAGAGGCGACACAAACGAAGCUCUCGACCCAUCAAGAGACAUAUCGUGGUGGACACCUUUUUCGGGUAUGACGAGGAGUCCAUGGACUCCGAAUCCUCCUCAGUGGCCUCCUUCCGGAUGGACCGAACUCCGGCAACUCCGGAUGAAGAUCUGGACGAGGGCCUAGCCAAUGAGGAGUCGGAACUGCGCUUCCGUCAGUUGACGCGGGAGUACCAGGCCUUGCAGCGAGCAUACGCUCUCCUGCAGGAGCAGAAGGGAGGUGUUCUGGAUGCGGAGAUGGAGGCUAAGGUUCACGAGCAGCUCCAAGCAGAUGUCCUCAGGUACCAAGCCAAGAUUGAAGACCUUGAAAAGGAACUCACGCAAAGGGGACAGGACUCAAAAUGGGUGGAGGAAAAACAACUGUUCCUCAGACAAAAUCAGGAGCUUCGCGAAAAGGGGCAGAAACUGAAGUCGGAUAUCAGUCGGAUUGAGCAGGAGCUCCAGGACUCCAAGGACCAGAACGAGCUCAUGGAAUUCCGAAUCCAUGAGCUGGAGGAGCGUGAGCGAAGGUCUCCCCCAUUUAAUCUCCAGAUUCACCCCUUCACCGAGGGGGUCAGUGCCCUACAGAUAUACUGCAUGAAGGAGGGAGUCAAGGACGUCUGUAUUCCCGAUCUCAUCAAACUCCUUGACAUUCUGGGCGAUAACGGGAACCUGCGCAAUGAAGAGCAAGUAGCCAUUAUUCAAGCAAGCACUGUCCUCUCGCUAGCAGAAAAGUGGAUCCAGCAGAUCGAGGGCACGGAGGCCGCCUUACACCAGAAGAUGAUGGACCUGGAGCUUGAGAUGGAGAUGUUCUGCAAGCAGAAGGGGUACCUGGAGGAGGAACUGGAUUACCGGAAGCAGGCCCUCGAUCAGGCCUACAUGCAAAUCCAGGAGCUGGAGGCGACGCUGUACAACGCGCUGCAGCAGGGCCCCUCCAUCCGGCACGGCGAGUCGCUGAGCGACAAGCAGCGCGAUGAGCUGCGCUCCGCCGUGGAGCGCCUGCGCAGGCAGAUGCUGAGGAAGAGCCGCGAGUAUGACUGCCAGGUGCUGCAGGAGAGGAUGGAGCUGCUGCACCAGGCCCACCAGCGAAUUCGAGACCUGGAGGACAAAACGGAUAUUCAGAAGCGACAGAUCAAAGACCUGGAAGAAAAGUUUCUCUUUCUGUUCCUCUUCUUCUCUCUCGCCUUCAUCCUUUGGCCUUGAUGUCCCCUGACAUCCCCUGCGGAGCAUGGAGGAGUCUGUAUCGCACAUGUGUCCCGGCCUAAAUCCGCUCCGUUCCUCCCUCUCCGCAGACACCGUGGCGGUGUGUGCGGACGGCGUGAACGUCAGCAGCGACGACCGUCUCCGGCGAUGAACCAAACUCACGGAACGGCCAGAUUCAUAACGCGUGACCUGAAAUGGACCCCUCCCUGUUUACUGAGUGGCCAAAAAAAUGGACCUAUGGCCUGAAAAAGGGGCGGCACUGGAUCGUAAAUGCAUCAGCGACUGUUUGGUACUGCGUUCCCCCCCCCCCCUCCUCCGGAACCUUCCGGCUAACCCAUGAGCGAAUUCCAUCUCAGAUAUCAAAGCAAACCAAAGCCACGGAGACCUUAUCUCUGCCGUGCAGGGGAAUGCGACACCACCUCCACCCGUCGGAGGGCUUGAGAACACAGGAAUAGAGCGCCCCCUAGUGGAGAUGCUGCACCCCCAUCCGCAGGUCCACCUUCAGAGCCGUUUGCGUCGGGCAAGCCCAUUUUCCUCUCCUCUUUCCUCUCACAUACACACACACGCCACCUGCCACACAGCCCUGACGCGCAGUCGCCCACAGUAAAAGGACCUUGGGACCCGGCAAGUAAGGUGAUGGAUGGUACCACCGUGGGUCACGUGACUGCAUGGACAGCGUGGCCACGCCCCCCCAUAAACAGAUCAGCUGAUGUGUGAUGGCGAGAAAGGGAAGAGGAGCGCGAGACCAGAGACCGAGAUAAUAUGCGUCUCCGUUUCCCGACAGACUCCAGUUUGAUCGAGUAACCUUUUCCGCCAAAAGCUAGAGAACAGACCUAGCUCCCCUUUGUGUAUUUUUUAGAACGAAUUGGACCUAAAGGAUCAAUUUAAUGCCACUCUUGUUUUUUACAAACACAUGCUGUAUAUAAAUCGCCAUACCGUAAGCCAUAAGAAGCAACUGAAAAACUGCUGUAAGAUAUACAUUUAUUCUGUGUCUGGUUAUGAUGUAUAGCGUCUUUUCCUGCCUUGCUGUGAAUACCCCACCCCCUCCCUUACGCAGCUUGAACGGUAGACCCACACAGCAGUUUACGGGCAUCAGGAAACGUGAAUCGCUGCGUGUUGUGAUGAUGGCUGCCCGCUGUCCGGAAUGUAUACAAGACCCAAGUGGGAAGUUUCCUUUCUCCUCCUUUAGCAAUUAAAUAAUUCUUUACCAGCAGCUCAUCCAAUCACCCGCGUCUCCCCUAUCCGCUUGUAAAUACGCCUGGUCUUCUACCGCCGUCAUGUGAGUGAAGGAGAAUGAUAUGCCACUGUAUUUAUGAACUGUAUUUACUCUGUUUUAUAUACUUUUUUGGUUGCCAGUCCCUGCGAUCAUUUGUGACACUCUAUUAAAUAAGGUUUUUUUUUGGCCCUGAAAUAAGAGAAAGUUGUAAUGGAUAUCUGAUCUAAAUCUAGCCUUUCGAAGGGGUAGCCUGUUCGCUUUUGCAAUAUUAACGAGCCACAUAAGCCGUACUCCUCAUUUGCAUCUCAUUUUCCCCCCCAAGCUUAACCAAUAAAAAUCAUACAGUCUCAUUGGUCAACGUUUUUUAAAGGGGGUGAAUGACAUCAAUGUUGGAUUUUCACUGAAUUAACUCUGGAUAUGCUAGAAAUUGCCUUAAAAACGACACGUUCCGCUCAUCUGAUUGGCCCAUUCAUCGAGUUUAACUUUCGCAUGAUUUGUCCUCUGAAUGUGCAAUUGUACAUCUGUGAUGUCAUUAGUUCACAAUUGGACCUUUUUUUACAAGCCCUUAAAUUUUGUCUUCCGAAAAAAUUAUUACUUCUAACUCAUCUUCUUUGUAGUAUAUACAGUAAAAAAUAACUACUAAUAAAAAAGAUUCCUGAUCAUAACUUAUUUUGUUUGUUUGUACUCUGGUUCACUCACUGAUUAAUUAGGUCUCAUUAUGAGUCUUGAACUGUCAGUGUGAAUAUUGUUUUUCCAUAAGUGUCUUGUGCCAGGAUAAACCAUGAAAAGACUAGUGAUUCUUGGUCACUUUCCAUGAUCGUCGUACGAGCGUUGGGCCAAAGUGAACAGUGCAACCGCCUUCAUCUCGACAUUGCUUAAAUUUGUGUCUUUCAUCAGAGUACGGAAUGAAUGAUUUUGCAGAAUAUUUUGUCUGGCACUUUCUAACUAAAUUCAGCCUUGAUGAAAACCUGUUUCAAUAAACACCGUGAAAGCAAUACAAUCUUCUAAUAUAUGCAAUUAAUCUGCGUCCAAGUAGUUAGUGGAACCUUGAGCUGAUUUGUCGUCGUAGACUUUUCAAUUCCUAAUAUUUCACACCUCUGUACUUUCUCAGUUCCAGUGGGCCAACUUUUAAUUUAGGUAACACUUGACAUUUCUGUUGAUUUCCUGUACAUGUAUGUAAUAUACAGUAUACUGUCAACCCA